AUGAUUCUUGGCACUAAUGUUGUUGAUGAGGAAGGUGGUCCUGAGCCCAUGGAUUACAUUGUUGUUGAGACACUUGCUACUCAUAGUGAAUACAUGCAAACUGUCUCCUCGAGUGAAUCUUCCCUGACUUCUCCUAUGUUGAUAGAAAAGCCAAAAAACGAAGAUCCUCGUACGAAGGAGGCAAACAUUGAAAAGUGUAUAGUGCAUCAUCUGCAGCAAGGCAGUUGGGUAUUCACAUUCGAACAGCGCCAAAUAUGUAUCUUGACCGAAGAUCAUAAAAUGACUGUUAUCAACUUCAUUGAUACUAAUCCAUCUGCUUCUGUUGUCGAAGUGACUGAGCAUUUAUUGAGCCAAUUCCAUUAUCAAAGUUUCUCACAUGAAUUUCCUGACGAAUUGCGUGUUUCUUGGCAAGUCUGCUAUUGUCAUAAAUAUGAAAUGUUCAAGAGCUUGGUCCAGAAAAGGCAUUCGCGCUAUUGUUAUCAGACCAACUACGAAAGCAACACAACGUCUAUAUUGGGUGCUAUCUCUGCCGCAGCUUUGAUAACAGUCGGCGUAAGGAACCCCAGGCUUGUCAAGAAGAGAAAGGCUGAAGGAUACAUAAGCUCAGGAACUGUAACGGGUCACUGCAUCAGUUUCUUAAAAAUUACGCUUGAUGAAAUGGACAAACAUCCACAUAUGAAAGGUCACUAUGUAGUGAUGGAUAAUGCACCUAUUCACACGCAUAAAAACAUAAAAAAGUACAUUAAGUAUCGAGGGUAUAAAUGUGUGUAUCUUAUCUACUCUCCCGAGCUUAAACCAAUUGUACAAUUCUGGGUCGUGGCAAAGAGUAGGGUAAAGCACCAUAAUGUUUUGCAGGAAGACACCUUAUCAAAAAUAAUUACUGAAGCCUGCAAAGAUGUGGAGAAAAGUCAUUUCAGAGGCUUCGUUUCACAUUCUUACAUGUGUUGGGAUAAAUGUCGAAAUAGAGAGCCCAUGUAA